UCCAUUUGCAAAAUAAAAUUUUUUUUUUCUAAGCAACAGGAAGUAACGCAGAGAUACAUGCUGUUCCUUGCUCUGAAAGGUUUCUCAGCCUCCCCAGAUUCCAAGAUUCCUGCCUUCCAGAAGUUAGGAAGUGGACACGGAAUUGAAGAUGACCAAACCUAUAACACCAUCAACUUAUGUGCGUUCCCUAAAUGUUGGAUUAAUGCGGAAACUGGCAGAUUUUCUUGAUCCUCAAGAAGGAUGGAAGAAGUUAGCAGUAGCUAUCAAAAAGCCAUCUGGUGAUGAACGGUACAAUCAGUUUCACAUAAGGAGAUUUGAAGCAUUACUUCUGGCUGGGAAAAGUCCUACUUCGGAAUUACUGUUUGACUGGGGCACCACAAAUUGCACAGUUGGUGAUCUUGUUGAUCUUUUGGUCCAAAAUGAAUUUUUUGCUCCCGCAAGUCUUUUGCUACCAGAUGCUGUUCCAAAAACCAAUAGUACAUUGUAUUCUAAAGAAGUUACAAUAGAUCAGCACACAAAGAUGUUUCUCUGUGACAAAAAUAAAACAACUAUGACACCUGUGCAGAAUCUUGACCAAAAGCAUAUGCCACCUCAUACCUUGAGUCUAGAAAAUGAAAGAUUAGAAAUGAAUGAUACAUGUUUUUAUAGUUUUUCAUUUUAUGAAUUGAAGAGUGUCACAAAUAACUUUGAUGAAAGACCCAUUUCCCUUGGUGGUAACAAAAUGGGAGAGGGAGGAUUUGGAGUUGUCUACAAAGGCCACGUGAACAACAGAACCAUAGCAGUGAAGAAGCUUAGUGCAAUGGUUGACAUAAGUACUGAGGAAUUAAAAGAUCAAUUUUAUCAAGAAAUAAAAGUAAUGGCAAGGUGUCAACAUGAAAACUUAGCAGAACUACUUGGUUUCUCGAGUGAUGGAGAUGACCUCUGCUUAGUAUAUGUUUAUAUGCCUAAUGGUUCAUUACUAGACAGACUGUCUUGCCUGGAUGAUACACCACCACUUUCUUGGCACAGGAGAUGCAAGAUUGCUCAAGGUUCAGCUAAUGGUAUCAAUUAUUUACAUGAAAAUCACCAUAUUCAUAGAGAUAUUAAAAGUGCAAACAUCUUACUAGAUGAAGCCUUUACAGCCAAAAUAUCUGACUUUGGACUUGCACGGGCUUCUGAGAAGUUCACCCAGACAGUCAUGACUAGUAGAAUAGUGGGAACGACUGCCUAUAUGGCACCUGAAGCUCUUAGAGGAGAAAUAACACCCAAAUCUGACAUCUACAGUUUUGGUGUCGUUUUACUAGAAAUAAUAACUGGACUUCCAGCUGUGGAUGAACACCGUGAACCUCAGUUAUUGUUAGAUAUUAAGGAAGAAAUAGAAGAUGAAGAAAAAACUAUAGAAGAUUAUAUUGAUAAGAAAAUGAAUGACAUUGAUUCCUCUUCCAUUGAAAGUAUGUACUUCGUUGCUAGUCAGUGUCUACAUGAAAAGAAAAAUAAGCGACCGGACAUUAAAAAGGUUCAAGAGCUACUGCAAAAUAUGGCAGCUUAGAUCUUGGAAGAUCUUCAUAUGACUAUUUAAACCUUUUCAUUAUCAUUUUUUUGUACUCAAGGAAUAUAUGAAGUACAAUGAUCAUUGAAGCUU